GCUUACAUUAAUUGUCUUCACAGCCUCAGCCUCUUUAGAUGUGAAAAGCUCAGUAGGCUGUGAAAUAUGUACAAUAGCUGGCUGCAACUUGUGGCUAUUACCUUAGGUCUCCUAAUGAGACCUAAGGAGGAAAUGAGGAGGAAGGAGGACAAGUGUGUUUGGUUUUAGGCUGACUGGAGAUGCUGUAGGAGAUUCUCCUGGGUGUCAGGGCAGAAAAAACUCCCUAAGCAGCAGGGACUGGAGACAGAGGGUUUAACAAUGGCUCCUUGUAGCAGGAAGGGAGGAAUGUGACGGAGGGAGCUGCUUGGGGUGUGGCCAGGUAGGAACAGCCAGCCCUCUACCUGCUCAGGUAAAGCAGCUGAAAAGACAGCUCAGCAGACUAGCUCCUGGUCUUAGCCUCAACUGGAGAGUACUGGAGCAGGCUGGAAGCAUGUUUUGCUAGGGGGAACAUUAGAGACGAGAGCAAAGGAUCUUGGCAAAGAUGAAAAAACAUCAUUCUGUGCAGGGCACGUUUAGCAGGCUCUUUGGGAAGAAGCAUGCCAACGACACCACCACGUCUCUCUUUGCUACCAACCCCCCCUGGAUCUUCACACAGGAGGUCAGCUCCGAGGGCCGCCAUGGCUCUGGUGGUACCAUUGAAGUGCACUAUGAGAAUAAUCACUUGAAUACAGUGACCGAUUCUGGAACGGCAACGCUCAAGCCUCGCCCCAGGGUUCGACCUCUCCUGACCUUCUUGCCCCUUGAGGCGCAGGAGGCGCAUGGUGUAGCGGUGCCACCCCCAUCUGUGCCAGCGGGUUUUGAAGACAAAGCAGCUCCAGGCCUCGGUCCCCAGAUCAACGGCAACUACAGGAUGUAUAGUUCAGUUGGAGACCUGCGGCUGAAGGCCUUUGAGAGGGAGUGUUUGGAUGAAGAGAUACCGCCACCCCCACCAGGGCCUCCACCUCCGCCGCCCCCUUCGAUGGCACCCCCGCCGCCUCCACCAGUAGCAGAGGUGCCGCUGCCGCCACCACCGCCACCAGUAGCAGAGGUGCCGCUGCCGCCACCACCGCCACCAGUAGCAGAGGUGCCGCUGCCGCCACCACCGCCACCAGUAGCAAAGGUGCCGCCGCCGCCACCACCGCCACCAGUAGCAGAGGUGCCACCGCCAUUAGUAGCAGAGGUGCCACCGCCGCCUCCCAUGGCAGCACCACUGCCUCCACCUCUCAUGCCUCCACCUCUUCCUCCUGCUUCUACCUUGUCGUCCCCUGGCACACCGGCACCCCCAGAUUUCAUUCCUCCAGUGCCUCCCUUUGCAGGACUGGCACCCCUAGCCCCUGCCCUCCUUUCACCUCUUCAUAAUCCCCCAGCAGCUCCGCUCUUCCCGGCUGGCAUCUCGAAAUGGAGAUCUGAAAUAGCUCUGAACACAAGGCAGCUGGACACCGGGGGGAGUGCUGGCCCCUCCUAUCUGAACAUUGCCACUCCGCCAGCCCCUCCGCAGAGGGAAGUGCUGCUGCCCGAAUCAGCUCCAGAUCCUCACUUAACUUUCCCCAGGUCAUUUAAGGUCCCGCCGCCUGCCCCCGUGAGGUCAUCUUCCAUUCCCGUGGAAGAAAAAUUAGAGAAGCCCCUUCCCAAACAGCCCCACACCCGCCCGCCACUUCCACCCAGCUUCACCGUAAGACCUGCAGCAAAGGUGCCCUUGCCUGAAGGAGCGGAGCAGAGGUGGUCUUUGGAGAGGCAGGGGAUCACAAAGCCUGCCACACUUAGUGCUGAACCUGGGAGUCCAAGGCCAGGGUCAGACUCUGGUGUCUGGAUGAAGUCUACUGACCGGCAGGUAGCACUCGAGGCAGGGAAGGUCCCGUGGUCACAAGUGCCCGAGAAAACCGAAAAGGACUCCCCAGAAUCCAAGUCUCUGGGUGCAGGGGAGCAACUGGAGCUCCCCCCUCCAGACUACGCAUCCUCUGAUGGUGAAGAUGAUGCCUGGAAGGAGCCCAGCAAUCUGAACAAGCUGAAGCAGGACUUAUCAGUCCUGCUGACCUCUUCCUCCAGAAGGGAAGAGCAGCAGCUGGACACACCUGCAACUCCCAGAUCAACAAGCAGUAUUACUGAGCAGGACAGGAUUAGGUCUGACUGGUCAAAGCAGGCUAACUCUGCCACAAAGGAUCCGCAGUUACCGUUAGGGGGAAGAAGUGAGAAGAUAACAGCCAAUGCAGUCCCCAGCAGAGAGAGCACCUCCAACGUGGCUCCUGAGAAUCAACUCACCAGCGCACAGGCAAACAGUGUUAUGAAAAUCCGGAGUGAGCUGGAAGCUAUACUGGCAACGAAAAAGGACCUGAAACCGCCCAUGGGAGCGGCAAAUCGCAGACCUAGUCCAGGAGCAAGCGGAGCUACUCUGCAACCUGGUAGUAGCCAGGCAAGCUCUGACUCGGGGCUGACGAAGCCUGUAGUAAAUCAUCUCCCACCGUUAGCACCUUCUGUGGGAGUUGAGACGGCACCGGAUGCUUGUAAGACUCCUAGUGACCUCUCUGGUAAAAAGGCUUUGGAAAACAUAAACCGUGUUCCAGAAAAUGUGUUGCCCAAUGAAGUUCUGAAGUCUCCAAAACCGGCUCUGAAACCAAAGGGUGACCUUUCUGUCCCAGCCUUCCCACUGCCCUCCUCUACAGAGGCUGCCUCGCCUUCGCCAACUGUGGUGCCCCAGCCAGACUACUCCCCAUUCCAGUACAAAACCCACCGGGCCAGGACCAGCUCCACUGACAACCUGUCCUCUGUGAGCCCUUCCCCGGGGGAAGAGGGGCCGGUUGGCACAGAUGAACACGAUGGAAAGAAAGAGGCGAGUCCAACCUCUGCUUCUGAGACCCUGCCUGUGCCUUCAGUGCCAACCUCCUUGGGUGCUGGCUUGGAGGACGGGGAUGUUCUGACCCACCCCGUCACAGGAGAGAAGGUGGAGAAGGGCUCACCAAUGGCUCUCCUUCUGGCCGCAAAACAGCGAGCCCAAAGAAGCAGGCGCCCCGCGUCCCGGCAGAACAGCGCCAUGUCCGAGAGGCCGCACGUUAAGUUAUCCAAGAAGCUCAACAGCAGCAUGUCGGAAACAGGCUCCACCAACUUCUACUACAGCGAGUCCAAGCCCUACUCUGUUACAGUUGUACCAAAGUCCCCCCAGAGAGAGGCCCCAGAUCUGCUGGGGGACAAGCAGCAUAAAAGGAGCAGCAUCCCUGAGGUCAAUGCACUGGGUUUGCUGGAACCAGGGCAGAGCCCUGCCAGGCCCCUGUCCUUCUCCAGCUCCUCUGAGCAGUGCAGGACAGUGCAGAAACUCAUCAAUGGGCAACCACACAAGCUUCCCACUUCACAGGGAUUGGGGGCCUCCUCUACAGUUCAAGGUCUUCUGCAGUCCAGCCAUCUAAGGCAGCAAGACGUGCACCCCACCACUGCCCUUCACCUGAACUCAUUUCCUUCCCCCCCAUUGCCCAAGGAGGAAGAGGAGACUGGAAAGACCCUUGAUUAUGAGAUCAUUCCACCUCCACCAGAGUUCAGCAAUGAUGCUGACCGUAUUGAGGAGGUUUCCCCUAUCAGAGAAGAAAGCCACAGAUCCCCCAGCUUCCCAGACAACAGCCAGAUCUUGGGAAGGCCGCAAAGCUACAGUCACCCAAGCAAUGACUCGAGCAACAGCUAUGUCUUGCCCUUCAAUACAGCCACUGAAAACAACCCAGGGAAUCCCGGCCCUGACCAUCUGUGCCCCAGUGGCGAGGGCAUGGCUAGGAACCCCAGUCAGUACCCCAACAGCCGCCCACUGAUCAAGCAGCGCCUGUACGUGUCCGAACCUGAUAAGACCUACAGGAGAACAAGCCUGUCCUCCAGGGGCAUCGUCUCUCUUGCCUGUUACGGCUCUCAGGCUGGGGAGGGGAUGCGCCGGAUGAACUCUGGCCCCAGGAAUCCCACAGGAAACCUACACGGCAGGAGGACGUCGCUGGAUGCGACGGGGAAAGCCGUGCCUCGCAGCAAUGCUGUGAGCGACGCCAAGCCGAAGGGGCUGAACGUGGACUACUCCUCCGCCAGCGCAGCGGCCCCCAGCAGACCUGCCUAUAGCCACUCGCAGUACAGUGCGGCUACAAACACGUUCACCGUUAGGCCUGGGACGAGGCAGCCCAUCUCCUACGUGCCCCAAGGCGGUCCUCGAUAAGCUGGUCCGGGAGGCUGCUGCGCUGUCUGCUUGCUCUGACCGUGGUGUCAUGCGGGUGCAUGUUGAUGCUUCGUUAGUGAUAAAAUGCAUUGGCAGAUGGUUCUGCCAGAGCACGAGGAACUGCUGUGGCUCACGCACUGCCACAAGGAACACUGUCCACGCGCUGCUUGUAGAUCACUGGGGGUGGAGGACGCAUCCGGUUCGGAAACCCAUCUUGAAAGACUUGAGUGGAGAGUAGUUACCAUGGAGGACUAGGUGCUGCACAGGUUGGAGGCAAAAGCCCUUCUUCCCUAUCCCCCAUCUUGUCUUCAUUGGUCUUAUUAAAACAAACAACCAGACAAAAAAAUUCUUAAAUGCUGUUUAAAGCACAAUACAAAACUACCCCAUGGAGGCUUCCUCUUGUUCUCUUAUUUUUUUUUAAUUCAAUUUUAAAAGUACAAUAAACACAGCUUUGGGAAUGGGGAGAAAUGUGUGUGGCUUGAGUGAGAUGAUGAAGCCAAAGGUGCAAGCCAGAUGACUCCUAGUAAAGGGGACUCAUGAGAGGUGCAAUGAGCAGAGGCUUGAGUCUCUUGUUCUGAAGGUUUGGCUCCCAGCUGACUGCCUCGGUAGCUGCAGGCAAGUCAAUUGAGGUCACCUUUUAAAAAUGGCUCCUUUUGGGAGGGGUGGAGAGGUGUGUACUUCAUGUGGCAGUGGAGGGCAGCGGGACCUGUGGGCACCCAGCCCCUCUCUAAUCCCUACCUCCACAAGGUCUGCUCUCACUGAGGAGUGCCUCUGAACACAAGGGCCUCACUUCACAUUUUAUUUUUUUUGCCAUUUGUCGAUGGUGUUAAUGCUAACUUUUACUUCCUCAGAAGGGAUUGACUGGAUUGAUAUUUGUAGAGCACUUUGGAGGUACAGGACGUGAAAGAAACAAUUUUCCUCCUUCUGUCCAUGCUAAUCGCAGCAGUACCAAUAGACCAAAACCAUGCCAAGUUUCUAUGGUUCUCCUGCCACUCAAAAAUGCCUCUUUGAACCCCAUGCCUAAUCACCAAGUUGCUAGCUCCCUGGAAAGGGGUAUCUAAGGAUGUGCCUUCAAUUUCUGUCCUACUCCUGGGUGAGCUACUUUUUGGGUAACCAUAAAGUAGCUGACGCGCUAUGUCUGGUCUCCACAUAUUAUUGGUAUUAAAUGUUGAUACUUUAUCAUCAAGCUGUCUGCUUUUGCUAUCUCUAUAAAUAUUCUGGACUUCUUACUAUUGUCACACAUGUAUAAUGCACGUUCUGUCUGCUUUCUUCCAGUACAAAUGUCUGUAUGACGACCAAAUAGCAAUUCAAGUGCCAUGGGAGACAUGACAUUCCUUGUAAACUGGGUCCUUUAAUGCUCUCUUAUGUAUAUAGGGCAAUACAAUCUCCUUUUAGAAGACCAACAUUUGAUUAACUCAGUUGGUUAAGGUACAUAACAAAACAAAUUUUAGCAUCUGCCAUAAGUAAACUCAAUGAAAAUAGCUGUAAAAUAAAUGUAAAACCUUGUAGAGAAUGUUUUCUAGUCACUAACAAACAAAAGCACUUUGAGACGCUGGUCUAUAUAAUUAUUAUUUUGUUUUUUAACUGAAAGCACUUUUUAUUUUCACUAUUAAGCAAUAUCCUCUUAGUUUACCUGGACUUUUCCUGUAUAAUGUGUUUGUAUGUAGGAUUCUUUUUCUUGCUGUUGGACUUGAUUUAAGUGAGAGCCUUGUCAUCUAUUCAACUUUUAAACUUGGUUACUUAGAUACAAAUGUCAUGGUUUUUGUAAAAACCAUUGCAAGUUUUAACAUUAGUGGCAAUAUCAUAUAGCGACAGCCUAACUUCUAGUCUUUUCCAGUAGUUUUAAAUACUGCACACACAUUAUAAGUGGUUUGAUCACGCCCCCCCCCCCCCCCCCUUUCCUAGGAAUAAAAUAAAAAUGCAGUCAUGAUGAUUGCUGUUUUAAAAGUUUGAUUCAAAUGUUUUUCCCAUACUACAAAGCCCUUAUGCUUGUUCCAGACAGUAUUACCAAGACUAAACAUGAAAUGCCUGGAUGUUUUUUGUUUUUUAAAAGGAGUGAAUACCAAAGGAAGCGGCGGUCUCGUGGGGGUUUUUUUGUCCCCCCCCACCCCUAAGUAUUUCCGCAUGUUUUUGUGUUGUAAAUUGCUGCCCAAAGGCUCGAACUUGCAGUUCUGCAAAUAACUACAAGCCACCUGUGACACUUCACUCUCCUGAGUAGUUACUUUUUGAUGUUCACGGGACUACAUGUGAAUAAAGCCCUGGACAUGCCCUAGUGGCUCAAAGACGGGCAUGAACUCUGGGAUUCCAAAAAACAAGCGCUUGAUAUGCGGACAAAUUGUCAGUGACCACUACAAAACAAACCCAAUUCCUUCUGUACAGGAGCAUGAUUUACAAAACCUUUACAUGAAGUGGCAAAAUGUAAGGGAUUUUCGUCCCAUUAAAAUGCCACAAUCUAAAAUUGUGGACUUCAAUUUUUGGAGGAUAAUUGAUGUUGGUUUUUGGUUUUUUUUGUUUUUAAUUGCUUUGUAACAUUUUUCCUAUUUAGAAUAGAUUUGUUUCCACUGCAGAGUGGUUUGGAUUUUCAGCAACAGGAAAGUCAAAUUGAUCCUGUGAAACUGGCCUGUUUGGGAAUAUACUGAACUUUUUUUUCAAUUGCUUGUUUCGCACAGCCUUGUCACACUCGCACGUGCGUGUGUGCAUGCACACACACACACGCACACAUUUGCAUUGCUAUGUUGUUGUCUGGGAAUUUAUGCUCCUUUUUAAUGUUUUACUUCAAGCUGUUACAUUGAUUUAGCCACGAUAUUAAACUGUAAUGUUUGCUCUAUGUAGGAGACAUGUAGCUGGAGUUGGUUGCUCUGCCAGGUUUCUAAUGGAGAGCCAGAAAUCACUCCUGCAGUGGUAAGAAGUGUAACCAGAUGGGCAGAAACCUAAAUGGCAAGCAAGAGUGAGAAAAUGAGCUGUAGAAAUGAAAGGAAGGACUGGCUUCCCUUCUGAUUAGGGCAGAAAGUCCUUAGCAGGACAAAGAGGCUUGUUCUUGGAGGCGGAUUAAACGUGAACCCUUGUUCUCUACGGCAGAGUGCUUCACUAAACGCAACAGUGGGCCUCUCUGAGAAAAAUAACUUAAAUGAAGUUAGGGAUAAAGAGUCUGUUGUUUGGUCACUGUAUAUAUAGCUUUAUUACUGCUUACAGACUACUGAUUUUUUGAAAUUAUCUGCAAGAAACCUCCUGUUUCUUUUAGACUCAUUCUUUUAAUGAAAAUCUGGUUGUUCAAGUCUUAUCACUCCUGAGACUUGUUGCCCACUGAUGCAUGUUCUUCACCAAAAGCAAUAGGCUAGUGUAGCAUAUUGGAUAUAUGUUUUACUGGUAAAAUGUCAAACAACUUUUUAUUUAUGCACUGUAUGAAAGUGCCAUGGCCACCAUGGAUUAUCAGUUUUGCAUUAAAUACAUUGUACAUUUUAUUUUUGUUUGGAAGGAUUGUUUUUGCUUUGUUCUUAGUUUUAAAUAAAGCAUUGUUUUGAUUCA